GGCGGCCCGGAUACCGACAGAAGAGCCGCACAGCCGGCCGAAUGGAGCGACGCCGGGGCUGAGCCGGGCGCACUCGGGCCGCCGCAUGUGCCGCGCGGGGAGCAGCUGCCGAGCGGCCGGAGAGCGAACGCCAGGGGCCCCGUCGGAGCGGCCGCAGGAGCAGCGCCGGAGAUGGGAGAACAGCCCGUCUUCACCACGCGAGCGCACGUCUUCCAGAUUGACCCCAGCACCAAGAAGAACUGGGUGCCCGCGAGCAAGCAGGCCGUCACUGUGUCCUACUUCUACGAUGUCUCCAGGAACAGCUAUCGGAUCAUCAGCGUUGAUGGAGCCAAGGUGAUCAUAAACAGCACCAUCACCCCGAACAUGACGUUCACCAAAACCUCGCAGAAGUUCGGGCAGUGGGCAGACAGCAGAGCCAACACAGUGUUCGGUCUCGGAUUCUCCUCAGAGCAGCAGCUCACUAAGUUUGCAGAGAAGUUCCAGGAGGUGAAAGAAGCUGCCAGGCUAGCCAGAGACAAGUCCCAGGAGAAAAUAGAGACCUCGAGUAAUCAUUCCCAAGAAUCUGGGUGUGAAACCCCGUCUUCCACUCAGGCAUCCAGUGUCAAUGGAACGGACGAUGAGAAGGCCUCACAUGCCAGCCCGGCCGACACGCACCUCAAGUCUGAGAAUGAUAAGCUGAAGAUGGCACUGACGCAGAGUGCUGCCAAUGUGAAGAAGUGGGAGAUUGAGCUGCAGACCCUGCGGGAGAGCAACGCCCGGCUGACCACAGCCCUGCAGGAGUCGGCGGCCAGCGUGGAGCAGUGGAAGAGGCAGUUCUCCAUCUGUCGUGAUGAGAAUGACCGACUCCGCAGCAAGAUCGAGCAGCUGGAAGAACAGUGCAGCGAGAUAAACAGGGAGAAGGAGAAGAACACUGAGCUGAAGAGCAGGAUCGAGGAGCUGGAGUCCGAGCUCCGGGAAAAGGAGACGGAGUUGAAAGACCUCCGGAAACAGAGUGAGAUCAUACCUCAGCUCAUGUCCGAGUGUGAAUACGUCUCUGAGAAGCUAGAGGCGGCCGAAAGAGACAAUCAAAACUUGGAAGACAAAGUGCGGUCCCUAAAGACAGACAUCGAAGAGAGCAAAUACCGACAGCGCCACCUGAAGGGGGAGUUGAAAAGCUUCCUGGAGGUGCUGGAUGGCAAGAUCGACGACCUCCACGACUUCCGCCGAGGACUCUCCAAGCUGGGCGCGGAUAACUAGGCCAGGCCAGGCCACGAGUGGCGAGCGUGUGCGUGAGGUGACGUAGGCGUAGGACAUCCUCCAUUUGUGUCGCUUCUGCCAAUGCAGGUGCAUCCUGUCUGUCUCCAGACCAGUCGUGCCGUCCACCCAGUCCUUCCGGAUAGAAACUCUCUCGCUUCUCUGGCCUCGUGAGGUGUGGGCAACUGGAAGCUUCUGACUCAGGAAUCCAGAACUCGGUCUACCUUAGCCGUUUACCCAGUCAGGCAGGGAUGUUUAUAUCUUUUUUUUUUUUUUUUAAGGGCUGUUGUAACCCUAUGAACUGGGUGGGUGGGGGAGUAUUUUCUAAUCCAACUAUCAAUAUCCUUUACAACAGGCCACUGGGCGCCUUCUACUGAGUAGCAUUCAGGGUGUGUGACUAUCCGGCAGAUUCUAGUCCAUGGGGCACAUGAGGGGAUCAUCUCCUCCCCUCCCCCGUCUGCAUUUUGAUGCUUCAGCUGGUGUGUCUAACCUUUUGACGUUGUGAUACAGCUUCGUCAUCCAUAAAGAUCACACUCAAGAAUUGACUUACCCACAGAGAAAUAAUUGUCAAAAAAACCCAAACAAACAACAAACAAACGACCCUACAAUGUUUUAAGUCAGUUUACUGUUUUGUGUUGGGGCAUAUUCUUGGUUAUCCUUGGCUACAUGUAACCCUCAGACUGUAGGUCAGGCGUCCCUUCUUGAAAGGAUCCAUUUAGUGGAAACUUUACCAGAGGGAAGAAAACCCAGAAGUUUGGGGGUGUACCUACAGACAGGAACUCCCCUGUAUCCACUGUGCCCCAUCUUCCCCCCAAUUACUAUGGUUGCGGCAAUGUUUCUUUUCUUGGUUUGUUUUGUUUUUUUUGUUGGUGGUUGGUUGGUUUUUGUUUUGUUUCUAUUUCCGGGCGUCUGCUUACGCUGUGGGAACGGAUGCAGGAGUGUGCUUAGCAUAGUGCUGGGCACACCACAGGUGCUUAAUAAACAUUCGUUCAACUAAACACAUAUAGUGCUUUAAUCGGAUCCCACAGCAGAGUUCAGGCCUUGUGGAAUCAUGCACCAUCUUCCCUGGGCUGAAGAGAUGACCUGCAGGGAAUGCAGUCUGCUGCAGGCAAACCCACACGUGGCUCUGAGGAAGGACACUGGCAAUGGAGUGACCCUCCUGCAGGGUGCCCAGCCGUGAUCCCCAUAGAGGUCAUUGCCAUGGGACUACCUUCUCUUCUAGGCAGAGCGCCUGUAGUCUGAGGCUUCUAGGAUCCUGGGAGAGCCUGGGAUAGGAGCUGCCACGGGCCUAGAAGCUCGGCCAGGUUCCUACAAUGGGCUUGAACGACCGAGAAGAUGUCCUACAGGCUAUGAGGGUAAGAGAGCUGCUCAGGUGGCAGGCUUUGGUGACAGAGCAGCUCUGCUCUGCCCGGGUCUGUCUUCCCUUAGGUCCUGCUAAGGAAGGACCUGGAGCCCUAAAGCUCUCCUCUCACAGACUUCUUGGUGGGGCCAUUGGGCACUGAAGUCCACCCACAGGCAUCCGUCCUUAAGAGAGAUGUCCAUGGGAUACCCUUCUAAAUGCCCCGGUCAAGGGGAACUUUGGUAUUCCCUAGCUCUCUAAGAACCCUCUAGAUAUGAAUUCACACAGUUAAGAAUUUGUCCUCGUGACCUGAGGAAGGGGCCGGGCCGGCUUGUCUGCCACCCAGGCCCCGUGGUGACUUCCAAGCCCUCAUCUUUCCCUGCAGUAGCAGUCACUCUGGUCAUGGAACUCUAUUGGGAUGGGAAAGGAAGGAAGGCUGGCGAUACGGAGUGCUGAGGUGUGUUAAGGGGGACCCGUCAAAUUGUGGUGUCUUGUGCAAUGGCAGUGGUCACCUGUGCUGUAAUUCACCCCAGGGUGUGACUGGCCCCGCCUUCCCCUGCAGCUCCUAAUAGGUCUCAUCAGUAGCAGCUCGUGCUGGUCCACUAGGGAACAAAGACUGGGCUGGCUAUGACCCAGCCUGGGUAAGGGGCUCUCUUCUUUAGACCAUCUUGGCCUCCCUGUCUGUCAGCAGUCUGGGCACACGGUUGCCCAGGAGCAGCGGACGCCGGGAUCCUCAUCUUGGGCUUCACAGGUAGAUAGACGUAGACAUGUAGAAGGAGCUCUUGGCUGGCGAGGGUGUGAGCUGGCGACAGGGCCGUAUGAACAUAGCUGCUAAAGCCCCUUCUUCGUCCUCAUGGCAGUGACUUCCAAAAGCGCUGAAAAUGGAAAUGCAGAAAGUUCUGGAAGUCAGUACCACAGUGGGCCGAGUCCAUGAUCCUUGUUGUGAGCCAUUGAAGAGUCUGGCAGCUUCUCGUAGCCAGCAGGUGGGGAAACGAGAGUUUUGGGGCAUCCCCCAAAUGACCACAGCCCAGGAGCCUGAGGGCCUAGGGACCUCUCGCAGGGUGAUUUAGGCUCCGCAGCAAACGUGUGAGACUAAGCGCUGGCCUUCCCCUCCACCUGCUUUCUCUAAAGAGCUCAUGUCUCUUCAUCUGCUCUCUUUUUAACAGUCGUGACCCAGAAACAGCCUGGGUGGCCAACAGGAGGCUGGCCCCAAAUACAACCUCCAGCCCUGCAAAAGGUAGGCUCUGUACAGAGCAGAUGAGCCACUGAUUGUCCAGUCUCCGCUCGCACUGAUGGACAUGCCUCCAGUUGUGAUGUCUGGCCCAGCCCUGGGACGGUCGUCAUGACCUCAGACCCUGUGCAGGUGCAGUGAGCUGUUGGCUCCCGGCGAUUACUGCCGCAGUGUGCCGCCUCCGAACCAGGUGUCCCCUGAGCUCUCCUGACAACUCGAGAAUGGCAGUCUGUGCCUUGCUUUGCAGGCUUUCUGUAGCCGUUCACACAGGGCCUAAAAGAGGCCAAGGAAAACUCAGAGAACUCUUUAACCGUAACCCAUAUGCAUUUCUGACGUAAGGCUGGUAGGGACAGGACCUGCUUCUGGGGCCUCAGGAAUGUAACUAGAAGCGCAGAUUGGGAGAGCCACACAAAGCCUGUGCUAGCCCUCAGAUCAUCCCCCCAAGCGCUGUCACUGGAGACCUCAAUUGGGGGAGAGAACUUGGCAGAGAUCAUCAGCAGGAAGCGGAGGCAGAGAGGCAUGCCCAGGGGACCCCAGCUGUGACCAGCAGCAAGAGCUCUUAGGUCUCUUGGACCUUGGUCCACUGUUCUCCUCAGAACCAUAUCGCGGUUCUCCUUUGAUGUUUCUUAGAUGCCAAAAAGAAAUAAAUAUUCAUCUGCCCUAGUAAAAACACACUGUAUUAUUUCAGUGUGUGUCCACAGUGCAGGACAGCUGGCAGGGGACUGAGGCCCAUCACGCUUCUGUUGGCCAGACAUAGCGAGGCCCAUUUCUGAAUGGUUCUGGUCUGUAGGGGACCCUUCAGUAACCUCUGUGCUCUGAGAGGCCAGUUUGGUAGAACACAGACUGGCUUUAAAUUCUCUGCUGGUGGUUUUCAUGGGUGCACACUCAUCUUUUUCAAGAGGCAGCAGGCCUUUGACUGCAGGGACAGAAACGGUGUUCCCGCCCAGAGGUGGUCGGUCCAGAUGAGCCACAGCUGGGGAGGUGCUGCUUGUCCAGGGCUUAGAGCGGUUUGCAGGUUUGCACGUAUGAGCUGCCUGCAGAGGCGGCUGCUCUCCCGUCUGCGGGCUCCACAGCCUUCAGCUAUGUGAUGGUCAGCAUGUACUGCAUUGGAUGUGAGACAUCACAAAAAGGGUGGCGUGUCAUAGAGUCCGUGAGUGACCGUAAAGCAUCGUGUCCACUUUGCGGGGGCUCUUUUCCUAUAGACAAAUCCCCUCUCCUGCAGACCCCAGGGGCAACUGCAAACGAGACCCAACGUGAACCUCAGGUGUAGUAGCCAGGUGCAUUCUUGGAAAGGAGGCGACCUGAUAGGAGCUCCCCUUCAGGGAGCACCAGCCGCUGCUGUUUGCUAAGAACUGAUAGUAAGUCACUAGAAGUUACGAUCAAAAUUCAGGGGGACCCAAUGGAGUUUGAAGCACUUGCAACACAAACCGGAAGCUUUCCAGUCAACGUCCGUCCGUACAUAUUUUGAAUGGUAGGCAUGAUUUAAAUAGACCAAGAUUUCUGAGUACGUGGCUUCCCAAAAAAAAUAGACGAUAUUCUGGGGACAGUGGGUGUGACGGCGUGGAGCAGAGCCCUGAGCAGGAGUGUGAAUUACUUCAUGUCUUUCCCUUACACCUUCCCUCUUUAAAAUCAAAUCUGUCAAGAAUUCCUCAAAUGUGUGUGUGUGUGUGUGUGUGUGUGUGUGUGUGUGUGUGUGCGCGCGUGCGUGCAUAUUGGAAAAGACAGCCUGACAAAGCCGGGGUAACACCUAGGAGAGAUCAGCUACAGCUCCGUACGUAACUAGGAGGAGUCUUGCAGUAUUUCUGGUGGUGAUGCUGAAUGUUCUGGACUCCGCUUACAAGGCCUUGUGGGUCUCAGACAGUGCAGCCCUUGCUGCAGAGUGGCCUCUGGGCCACAGAGACCCCUCCAGAAGCCCGGCGUGUUAACAGUGGGCCACAGUGGAGUCCACGCUUGUGCAUUUUGUCGAGAGAUUGGCAGGAGACUGAUGUUUCACAGCUGCUGGGGAUAUGGUGCUGUCUCCACCCUCCCCUCCCUCUCCCUCUUCCCUUCCCCCUCCUCCUCCUCCUCCCUCUCCCUCUCCCCCAUAUCUCUUAUCUUUUUUGAUAGGAAGGCCUGAGUUUCAUCCCUUGUGCAGUGUCUCGUGAUGUCACAGCAGGAAGGCAUUCCCUCAUAUCCAUAAGAGCUUAGUGCUAAGUAUGGACUGGAUAAGCAAACUAUUUCAUGAGUAACACCUUUUUUCUUUCUAAAUGCUUUUUUGGAAUAUAAGUAAUAGAUACUUGUUUUUACAAAAAGAAACUAAAGAUAAAAGGAACAAAAAUCACCUGUUGCUCCACCGUCUGAUUGUAACCACUGUUAACACGCGUGGCUCGUCAGCUUCCCCGCACAGCCGCUCCCGUUCCUUUUCCAUGACAUACCACACCAUCUCAUACACACUCUUCACGUAACCCUCAUGCACACUCUUCAUGUAACCCACUCACCCCCUCCGACACUCGUGAACGCACUUCUCCAUUGAUAGAUACGAAACUACUGCUUUUUAACCGCUGAGUGGAUCAUACCUUGGAUGUCUAAACUGUUUCCAAUUUUCUACCCUUGUAGUCAGGACGCCUGACAUCUUUGUAAACUCUUCAGAAUAUUGACUUAGAAUCCAUCACUGAAACCAGUCUUCCCUGAUCUCCUGACCGUGGCUCCUCUCCUUCCUAGACAUGAGAGACUUUACUCACCAGCCCCGCUGUGGUCAGUGAUUCGGAGCCCUGUGAGUGAUUCUAGCCAAUGUGAUAGGAGCAGAAGGAAUGUAUGAAACUCGAGCUAGGACUGUGGAGUGUCCCUGAUCCUUUGCCUUAGCAAGUGGUGACAUCCCAGGGGUAGACCGUCUUCCAGCCUGGGUCCUUGAGCUCCUUUCUGUCCACCCCACCCACCAACCUACGUGGACCUGUGGUCCGAGCCAGAGAUAAACCUUACAGGUUUUACUCCCGGGAUUUCAGGGUUGGUGUUUUUACUGCAGCAUAACAUAGCCCCUGUUUUAACCAGUAAGAAAAAUGGCAUGCAUGUUUUUAGGGUUUUAAACAUAUUUCAAAUUGCCUUUCAGAAAUACAUCCCCCAAGUAUCCCCCCACUAGCAAUGUGUGUGAGCACCCUGCUCCCUCUGUAACACUGACAUUAGCAUGGAGCAGGAGCUAACAAAGUUACAUUUUUUUUUAUUAAAAUAUGAUCCUUGUUGGCAGAAAUAUUUAUUAGACUAUAUGUUUUGUGUCUUCUGUUCAUCUCUGGCCAGUUUUCUUAUAAGGUCUUUAGCAGUCUCGUCGAUUGUUUUUUUUUUUAGUGUAUAGGUGUUUGUCCGCAUGUAGUCUGAGCAUCACUUGGAUGCCUGAUGCCCAAAGAGGCCAGAAGAGGCCAUCGGAUCUCCUGGAACUGGAGUUACAGAAGGUCGUGAGCAGCCAUAUGGGUGCUGGGAGCCAGACCCUGGGCCUCUGAAAGAGUAGCUAGUGCUCUUAACCACUGAGCCAUCUCUCCAUCCUCCAACCCCUUUUUAUUUAUCUUUGGUUUUGUUUUUGUUUUUUUGAAACAAGGUCUCAACUCUGUAACUGUGGCUAGCCUGCAACUCACUAUGUAGACCACACUAGCCUUAAAUUCGUGGCGGUCCUCCUGCCUCAGCCUUCCGUGCUGGGGUUACAGGCUUGCUCCACCACACUCAGUCCCAUUGAUUUCAAAGUUUUUUCAGAAGUGUUAUAUAAAAAUUAAAGUUGUAUUAUGGCUCUUAGAAAAAAAAAUGCUUAAACAUUAAAAAGAAACCUUUUUAGUCCACUCUGUGUUUUUCUUUAUAGUUAGUCCUUUGCUGUCACGAUUGCGAAAGGCUUCCCAGUUAUUCUAGUAGGUUUUACACAUUCGUAUAUUAUUCUUGUGUGUUCAUUGUUUCUUUUCAUCUGUUGAACCCCUGAUCUAGGCCAGGCGUGCUGGCACACUCCUGUAAUCCCAGAACUUGGGAGGUGGAGGCAGAAGGAUUGGCCACACAGCAAGUUUAAGAACCAGUUGGGCUACAGAGACCCUGUCUCAAAAAACCAGCCAGGUGUGUGGCACACGCCUUUAAUCCCAGCACUCGGGAGGCAGAGGUAGGCAGAUCUCUGUGAGUUGGAGGCCAGCCUGGUCUAUAUAAGAAGUCCCAGGCCAGCCAGGGUUGCACAGUGAGACUCUGUCUCCAAAACAAAAUAAAACAAUAACAAAAAAGCUUCCUUUCUAUUCUGCUCGCAAUUUAAUUCUAAAUUGCACAGCCCAACUGGGGGGAAACGAUUCAUUCUCUACUGUUAUCAAACUGCAUAUUUAUUAUUGGCCCCAUCCUCCUAGUGGCUGUAGACUUUCCUGAGUUGCCUGCCUGUAUAUUCUAGUACUGGUACUAUAGUGUUUGGUAAUCCUAACUUUGGGUUUAAAAUUCCCACUAAUGAAAUUUUCUAAAUUUCCUAGUCCAUUUUACAUACUAAUAUUUACCGAAGAAAUUCAGGGACCAUUUUAUAAAUUCUGGAACCAUUGGAAAUUGAAUUAUCUACUAUUUCUGUAUUACAAAAGAAGUAGCAUCUUUAUAACCUCUCUCGUUUCAUGAAAUUUAUAAUGCCCAGUUUUAUGUCCCUUGGUGUAUUUUUUCCAAUAAAGGUAAUUUUUUUUAUUGUGAUUACUGUUGUAAAUGAGAUCUUUUUCAACAGUUUACUCUAUAACACUGCAUUGUUAAUGGAAAUCUUUCCCCUUGGUUUUCUAAUUGAGGACACUACAUACAGGUUACAUAAAUGUAAACACGAAAAAACUGUAGAAAAUCAAUGUCUCUCCUGUAGUCAAAUUUCCCUCUGAUCCAAGAUCCUCAACAAUUAUGUAAAAUACUCACACACACUGUCUCUCUCGUUUUCUUUCACACACACACACACUAUCUCUGUCUCACACAAGCACGUGCACACACAUACAUACACACACUCACAGGUGUUUUAUCAUUUUGACAGUCUGAUACAGCCCUUCUGCUAUUUACGUCCUUUUCUCGGAAGGUCUUGGCCGCCAGGAAGCAUCCAUCUACCUCAUUCAUACCUCUGCGUGGAAGUGUGCGUCGGUGAACAGGUUUACAUCAUCUGUGUUCAGCCAGUCAUGAUUCUUUUCAUCCUAAUACUUUUGUUCUUGAGGCCAUUUGCCUUCUUCAUAGGUGAUAGUUUUGAUUAGUGACGAUAAUUUUCUGUCCAGAUUUGUCCAUGACUGUGCUGGUCUGGAACAUGCUUCUCCACGGCCCCUCCCCCUGGUGAGUCUUUUCCAGCAGCACACGUGUGACUCCAUGUUGGAUGCUCAAACCAUGCUCCUGUGUCUCUAGUUUGCUGGUAAUUUUACCAGUAAGGGAUACUGGGGUUUUAGGAAGCAAAUCUUAACUCCUGUCGCGCUGAUCAAAUGAUUUUUCUCUGUCGUGACUUAGGAUGAGUUGGUCCUAGUGGGGGUGGUAAUAUUAGCAGAGCCCUCUCCUGUUUCUACAGAAGCCUGAGGCAGUCACAGUGUGUUAUCCUUUUACCAGACAUCUCCUUCCAGAGCUAACAGUGGCUAUUCACGAUCGCUUGGUCUUUGGCACAUCUUUACUUUGUCUUAUUUGUGCUUUCGGGUUUUUCUAUAAAAGUUGUAUAAUAAAACGAAGAGCGUUACAAUGAGAAAAUACUCUUCUUGAUUUGGUGGGUUCCUUUUAUUUUGGAAUUUCAUAUCUUAUUAAUGAGAUGAGUGUGGUUUUUCUGCUGUCUUUGUCAGGUGUUUUUAUGUAAAGUUCCUUUAAACUAUAUCUUGGGACACUUUCUAUAUCUUUUUAUAGGCCCUGGGAUAGUUCAAAUAAUAUUCAGAACUCCCUGCUCUUUGAAGUUUUUAUAACAAGCAUAAACUGUCCAAGUCUAGUGCCUUUUAAAGAAAUAAUCUUUUGAUAAUUAAAAAUUUUUUUCCAUGUUCAUUGGUCUCUUCAGAGUUUCUUCUUCUGUGAGAUUUUUGACAAAUUUAAAUUUUCCCUAAUGCUAAUUGUCUUUAAGUUUUUGGGAUCUGUUGACAUGGGGUUGUGUUAUUUUUCCCUUAGUGUUGUGUGUCUAUGCUUCUCAUUGUUAUUCUGAUUAUUUUUCAAUAAUUAGUCAGUUUUCAUUCAUCUUUUCAAAGAACCAGCUUUGGAAUUUACAUGUAAAUUCCUAGUUUUAUCAUUUUAUGAUUGUUGGGUUUUUUUUUUCUAUUUUUCUUCCCCCUGGCAUUUUCCCACCUUUUCAAGUUAAAGGCCAUCUUGACUUCCUUGUCAGUGAAAGGCACACUAACUCACAUUGCAGGACUGUGACCUUUCCUCUGAACAUACCUGUAUCCCAUAAAUGUUGAUGUAUGAUAUGAUUGUUAUAAAUAAUUUACCAUUUCAGAGUGGAGGCUGCCUUUUACUGAGGAGUUGUUUUAAAUCCAGAUCAUUUGGUAUUUGUUGCUGUUGACUUUUAACAUUUGUUACAGACCUUGCUGUCAAAGAGGACGAUGGCCUGCGUGUUUUGGAGUUCAUUAACAUUUUGUUAAGACCUGAUAGAUUUUUAGUUUUAAUAAGUCCCCCAGGAAGUUGAAGAAAGUAUAUUCUUUGAAAGCAACGAUAUUUGACCUAUGUGUAUCAAUUUGAUCUUACUAAACAUACUAUUAUGGACCUUUAAUUUUUAUUUACUUGAUUCAUUAAAGACUAAGAAAGGCUUGUUC